CGAUACCAAACAGAACGCCGGCCGGCGGACAAGAUAGAUAAAUCCGAAUACCCCGCUUUAUCACAGCACCAAAUUUCCCUCGAAGCGUACCGCCAUUGCAAUACUCAGAGAAGGAAAACAAUGCCCGCCCCACAAGUCUACCCCCUACCAGCGAGAACCCCCCUACCCUGCGCACUAGAAGGCAGGGCUCUCCUCUCAACCCCAACCUUCAACAAAGGUUCCGCCUUUUCUGCGACUGAACGCGCAACCUUCGCCCUGGAAGGCCUGCUCCCGAGCACCGUCCAAACCCUGGACCAGCAGGUCCAGCGUGCCCAUGGCCAGUACUACGCUUGCGGCAGCGAUAUCGCUAAGAACGCUUUCCUGACUAGUAUGAAGGAGCAGAACGAGGUUCUGUAUUACGCACUCCUGGCCAGGAACGUUAAGGAAAUGUUGCCAGUCGUGUAUACGCCAACCGAGGGGGAGGCGAUUGGGAAUUACUCGAGGAUGUUUCGGAGGCCUGAUGGGUGUUUUUUGAAUGUUUUGGAGAAGGAAAAGGUUGAGAGUGUGUUGGCCGAGUGGGGGGGCGAAGGAGAUGUUGAUUAUAUUGUGGUUUCGGAUGGGGAGGAGAUUUUAGGGAUUGGUGAUCAGGGCGUUGGUGGGAUCGGGAUUAGUAUUGCAAAGUUGGUACUUAUGACAUUGUGUGGUGGGCUUCAUCCAAAUAGAACCACCCCAGUAGUCCUUGACUGUGGAACAAACAACCCAGACCUCCUUAACGAUGAACUCUACCUUGGCCUCCGCCAACCUCGAGUUCGCGGAAAAGAAUAUGACGACUUUGUAGACACCUUCGUACAAGCGGUUCGCAAACUCUUCCCCAAUGCCACCCUCCACUUUGAGGACUUUGGCCUAGGAAAUGCAAGGAGACUUUUGGAAAAGUAUCGGCCGGAAAUGACCUGCCUCAACGAUGACAUCCAGGGAACCGCCGUUGUGACUAUGGCAGCUAUAACCGCUGCAGCGUGGGUGAUAAAGAUGCAGGUGAGUGACCUGCGGGUUUUGGUAUAUGGCGCUGGGACUGCAGGGACUGGCAUCGCGGAUCAAUUCCGCAACGCAGUAACUGAAAGUGGGAAACCUAUAGAGGAGGCAGUGAGUCAAAUCUGGCUAGUUGACAAACAAGGCCUCCUCCUACACUCCCACUCCUCAACCCUAACCCCGGCACAAAAGCCCUAUGCCCGCGCAGAUUCCGACUUCGCCUCCGUCAACACAAAGGAUCUAUUAUCCCUAGUGCGCUCCAUAAAGCCCCACGUCCUAAUCGGCACAAGUACGCACCCAAACUCCUUCACCGAGUCCAUCGUGAAGGAAAUGAGCAAACACGUGCCCAGACCCAUAAUCCUCCCGCUAUCAAACCCCACACGCCUACACGAGGCACGCCCUUCCGAUGUGCUCACAUGGACGGACGGGAAAGCGCUGGUAGCGACGGGCUCGCCCUUCCCCCCCGUCACGCUUGGGAAAACCGGGAAAACCUACGACAUUGCCGAGUGCAACAAUGCUACCGCUUUCCCCGGUAUUGGCCUCGGCACUGUGCUCUGCCGCGCAGACAGGAUCUCGGAUAAGAUGCUGCUUGGCGCGAUUAGGUGCCUUGCGGAGCACGCACCUGCACUGAAGGAUCCGGAUGCGCCGCUGUUGCCCGACGUGGCGGAUGUUAGGGGGGUUAGUAAGGAUGUAGCCUGUGCGGUUAUUAGGUGUGCGGUUGAGGAGGGUCUGGCUCGGGUCGCAGGGAUUCCCGAGGAGGAGGAGGGUGAAGGUGGGUUGAAGAUGUGGGUAGAGAUGCAGAUGUGGGAGCCUGAGUAUAGGCCAUUGAGGAAGGUUAGGCCCGAGGAGAGUUCUAGGGCGGCACGAGGUGAGUUGGGGGUUGGUAGGAGGGCGUAGCGGGCUGUGGUGUUGUGAUAUCGACCUAGGUUUGGCUGGGGUUUACAAGGAUUUAACUUGGCUUUAAGGAGGAACUCAGUAGGCGGGGGCGUAGACAGACAGAAAUAUCAUACCAUCACUGCUAAUACCCAGCUAAAAUUAUCAAACCCGCAAGAGAAGAGACUGUACACAACAAAGAGGAAAGAAGAAUCCCAAAGA